UACAGAAUGUAUGUAUUUUAUAGAAGGCCACACCAGCAAAGUUGCAUACUGAAAGUUCUGCAUAUAAAGCGUAAGGUAUCACCAGUUCAUUCCAACUAAAAUGGCAGAAGUCAAGCUCUUUAGGACAUGGUCAAGCUCUUUUGCUUUGAGGAUAGUCUGGGCACUGAAGCUCAAAGAUGUCCCCUAUGAUACCAUCUUUGAAGAUCUUUCAAACAAAAGCCCUUUGCUUCUUCAACACAACCCCAUUCAUAAGUUGGUUCCAGUGCUUGUGCACAAUGGAAAAUCAAUUGCUGAAUCUCUUGUGAUCCUUGAAUACAUUGAGGAAACAUGGAAACACAAUCCAUUGCUGCCUGCAGAUCCUCACAAUAGAGCUGCUGCUCGAUUUUGGGCCAAAUUUGGUGAUGACAAGGUUUUUCCACCUAUUCUGGACACAUUGUGCAGUGAAGGGAAAGAACAAGAGGAAGCUAUUGUGAAAGCAAAGGAUAGCUUGAAGUACUUGGAAGAAGAGCUAAAGGGAAAGAAGUUCUUUGGGGGAGAGCAAAUUGGCUUUGCAGAUAUUGCCCUCGGAUGGCUUGCGCAUCAUGAGAAUGUGUUUGCAGAGGUAGCUAACGUGAAGCUGAUUGCCGAAGAUGAGUUUCCAUUGUUAUCAAAAUGGCGAGAGACUUUUGCAGAUGUUCCUAUAAUCAAAGAGAAUUUGCCUCCUCGAGCUAAACUUGUCACUAAAUUUCAGGCUAUUCGUGAGAGUAGACUUGCCAAGGCACCUAAAUGAACUGUUUUUCACAAGUAGGAGAAUAAGGACUAAUACCACUAAAUGAUACAAGUAAGAACCUGAGAAUUGCUAGCUUCAUCUUCAUCCAGGGAGCUGCAAAUGCCACAUUUGGGUAGUUCAUAUAGGAUUGUAAUCUGUAUCCUCUUUUUAUGACUGCCUUCUCCUCAUCAAGGAAAUCAGUAGUUUUCUCAGUCAGGGGGUCCAAAAUAUCGCCAUCGUCUAAGAAUAUGGCAAUUUGUAUUUGUAUAUAUAAAGGCAAUAAUAUUUGAUGUCAGCCUGGACUCCGCAAUCCACAAAGUUACC